UCUGAAUGUUGCAAAACGUAAAACGCAACAAGUGGACAGUCUGUUAUUUUGACAGAAGAAUGUUCUAAGAAAUCGAAAAUGAGUAGAAGUGGUGCGGAAAUGCGGGCAAGUGCCUCUCAGUUCAAAAUGAUUCAAGAUCGAAUGAAUGCAACAGAAAAUCAUUUGGGACAGAUAUGUGAUACGAUGUCAUCAUACACUCGAAAAACUGCUCAUGUCAGAGACAAAGGUGAUGAUAUCGCAAAAACUAUGGCACGGUAUGCUGACUAUGAAACAAUAAAUAUCACCUUGAAGAAGGCACUAGCUGAGUUUGCAGAGAAUUUUUCAGCUGUCCAAGAUUACCGGCAGGCAGAGGUUACUCGUCUUGAAGCAAAAGUUGUGGAACCCCUUACUAGCUAUGGCUUACUGUGCAAGCAGACCAAGAAUGAACUGAAGGCCUCAUUUGCUAGCAGAGAUAAGGAGAUUAAUCAAAGGAAGAAAGUGGAUAAAGUUCGGCAGAAAAACCCAAGUGAUGCGCAUCAAAUUACACAGGCGGAGAGAGAGUUACAGAAAGCCAGCGUGGAAGCAACGCGUACAGAGAAGAUUCUGGAACAGCAGAUGGACACGUUCGAGAAGAACAAGGUCGAAGACAUGAAGAAAAUCUUGCGAAACUUUGUCAACAUAGAAAUGAUGUUUCAUGCCAAGGCACUGGAACUGUACACAAAGUGUUUUCAGUCAUUGAAUGAAAUUGAUCCAGCAAAAGAUGUAGAGGAGUUCAAACAGAAGGUGCACCCAUCCGAUAACACGUCAUCGCGUAUGAUCAUGGCAAAAUCCGCCUCCGACGCUUCGAUGCAAUCCAACAGGACGCCGUCUGGUCAAACUACGCCUGGCAGUCAGCGUUCGGCCGGCAGUCAGAAUUCUCAACAGAGCUCGAAACUAAACUUUCAACAGAACUCACAACAGAACUCACAACAGAACUUUCAACAGAAUUCACCAUCACAAACCACAUCCAGCACACAACAGAAUAUCCCCACACAAAAGUCGUCGAAUACACAACAGCGCAACACACCUGCACAGUCACCAAUGAAUUCACAGAGACCAUCACCUGCACACACGCCGAUAAAAGUGCAAUCUAAAGUAAAUGUGUUGGAGGAUGACAGCGAGGAUGAUGAUGAUGAUGAUUAUGACGACGAUGAUGAUGACUAUGAUGAUGAAACUACAGAAGCAAGCACAGCCAGGACUGGAAGUAUUAGAAAAUGAUCAGCAGCUGAUUAGAGACGAUUCUUUUAGUGGCUGCUACAGGGAAGCUAUAUGAGGAAUGCACAGAUAUGUUCGGUUGGAGCCCUGUUUUUAGCCAUGCCAUUGGCAGCCCCUAAACCCUAAAAUGAUGAGCAGUUUAUCAAAGAAAAUUUGUUUAGUGGUUGCCGCAGGGUGCUCGCCUGUGUUUGUCAACUAUUCUAUUCUCUACAUAUUACACUAAAUGAAGGAUGCACAGAUAUGUUAGGUUGGAGCCCUCUUUUUAGCUAUUCCGUUGGCAGGCCCCUAGCCCCUAAAAUGAUGAGCAGUUGGUCAUAGAAAAGUCAUUCAGUGAGCCAGCCUUUAUUCUGGGAACCAGUCUCUAUUAGUCGACUUCUCCAUCUUGCACAUUACACUAGAUGGGGGAAUGGACAAACAUUUUAGGUUGGAGUCUUCUUUUCAGCCAUCCCGUUGGUAGACCCUUACCCCAUAAAUGAUAAGCAGUUGGUAGAGACAAGUAAUUUUGUGAUUUUCAUUCAUUCAUUCAGAGUCAGCCUCUUAUUUGUCAACAGUUCACCCUAUACAUUACACUAGAUGUGGAUCUUUGAGGUGGAAGAUGCAUUUUUAGCCAUCCGGAUGGCAGCCCCCUUAACUCCUAAAAUGAUAAUCAUAGUCAAGCCAUUCUAGUUCAAUAGACAGUAAUCCGCCCUUUUCAGUGGUUAAUUGGUCUCAUUGUUUAUGUUGCUACCUGUUCAUUACAUCAUUCUAUAAUCAAAAGUAGUGUGUGAUGUCACAUAAUAAGUGACGUAAUAUAUAUAUUUAUUAUCCACAUAGUUGAAGAUAUUCAGGGAAAUAUAACCAGUAUGACCCAUAUGUGUCGUAAUGAUUGCACGUGCAUAUCGAAUGACGUCAUUUUGGGAAGUGACGUCAUGACUUAAUGCUGCUUCUCCAGUGUAAACCGCUUAUGAAAAAUGACGUCAUUUCGUCGCCUCUUUUUAGUUACGUUUUAAACGUUUUGACAUGCUCUCGUUCGGGCAAUACAAGAAUCCUGACACUCGUUACGUAAAAUCAGUACGACACACAAGCUCAUGUAAUAAUCUAUAUAUAUAUAUAUAUAUUGGCUGUGAGCAGGCUCUUGAUGUCACAAUACAAAAAUAUGACUUUCAUAAUAAUUAUAGUAUGAUUGCUUCAAUGAUUGAUUUUCUUGAGGCUAGAGUCAGAAAAAGACAUCUACAAGAGAACUCAUUCCAGAUAAUAUUAUUCAGUGAUUUUCACAUAGACCAAACCUACUGGUAUCAGCUACUCAAGAUCAGAGAUGCACAGAUAUUUUAGGUUAAGAGUCCCCGUUUUUUUAGCCGUCAAGAUGGCAGCCCGCAACUCCACCUCAGGUUAAAGCCUGCAGUGUUAAGUUCAGAGAGAUAACCUACUUCUGCUAUUACUGUUGCCUUUACUGCGGCUGUGUCGACGGAAACAUGUUGCUGUUGGUACCACAAUUACCACUGCCAUGUUGAUAUUCACUUCAUCUACACAUUUGCUCUAGUUUGACAGCCAAUAGCCGAUGUAUUUUUCAUGCUGGGGUGUCGUUAAACAUUCAUUCAUUUACAUUUACUCCUGCUAUUGCUGCCUCUGUUACUGUUACCGCUGCUAAUAUUAGACCCUUCAUUUGUGUACCUCUGUCAACGUGUAUGUUACCGUUAACAAGACACUUGCUUAAUAGAGAAAAUGUAUAUCCAUUGAUAUUGUAUUGUGUGUUCUGCAUUCAUAAAGUAUUCCAUCCAUGUUGCACAUCUUGGUCGUGAAGUAGUGGUUAAGCUAUUGGCUCUUAAGAUUUAUUGGAACUGGGUUUGCAUCCCAAUACUGGCUCCCAUCCCGAAUGAGAUUAACUGCUCAAUGAAUAGAAUAUAUAUAUCAGCUAUUGAGUGUCAGACACUGGUAAGUUAAUGGCCGAGUACAGAAGUGUAAUGCUGCAUUCAUUAAAAGUCGACCGGCCUCGGUGGCGUCGUGGUUAGGCCAUCGGUCUACAGGCUGGUAGGUACUGGGUUGGGAUCCCAGUCAAGGCAUGGGAUUUUUAAUCCAGAUACCAACUCCAAACUCUGAGUGAG